CCAUUUACAGCCCAAAUCCCGACCUCCUCUGCAGAAAGAGAGAGAGAGAGAAACACACACACACACAGACACACAGACACACACACACACUAGAAAAAGUACUUGCAACCUCUCGGAGCUCUUGCGGAUAAAACCCAACCGAAUGAAAACUAGCCUGAGCCGGAGUUUGGUCGCUCUUCUCCUUUUCUUGCUGAGUUUAUCCGCACCGAUUGAAGUUUUUAACGCGUCGUGCUCUUGCGCAAAACAUGGGAUUUACGUCUUAGCGCUGCUUUUCCUGAAAAUGCGCUUCGAUUGGAAACUUUCUCAAUGGAUUUUACCGACGGCUUCCCCGACUGAACUGCUGCUGCUGCGUGGAAUAAACUCGUCCUCAACUUGGAUUUAUUUCACCUAAACGGGAGCGAAAGUGUCGAAAGCACGGACUUCAGAUGUGUCCCCUGCUAGCCAGAGUGGCCCUUCAGUCCCGAGAUGGAUUCCAGAAGUCAGAACGACAGCGAUGGGGGAGGAGGGCGCCAUGGGAUGUCGCCGUCUUUAUCUGGCUCGUCGGGCACGCUGCAUGACGAAGGGAGACCACAACCACGGCCUCCGCAGACCAACGAUGGUCCGCCAGAUCCUGGGCUGAACAACGGGCAGCCGCCCCGUGCUUCACCAGUGCUAUCUCUGGAUCAGAUCAGGACAACUGGGAGUAGUAAUGAGUAUACAGAAGGGCCCACAGUUGCCCAAAGGUCUCCGGCCGCACAGCAGAAGCAACAGAAGAGUGACCUGGUUACAUCACCAGGUUCAAGGACCAGUGGGCAGCAGGAGACUCGGGAAGAGAGGCCUAAUAAUCUCCGCAACCUGCAUUCAUUGACUCAGCAUGGGAACACAAAUACUUCCAUUUCUUUCAGGGAGGCUGUACUGUGGUCCACCAGUGCAGAGGACUCCCAGAGCAGCAUCAGGACCAGCGUGGGCAGCACUUCUUCAGGCCAGAGGCUUCUCAGCAGCCCGGUGAGCGGCGACCAGAUAAUCAGAACCCAACCGAAACGCUCAGAGCUGAAUUCAGAAGAGCUGAAGCCCCUGAACGAUGAGUCCAGGGCGGUGGUGGCCGUGCCGGGCAGCGGAGCCUAUAAAAAUCAAGGCAAACACUUCAGCACAUGUGACGACUGUGGCCGGUGUCAGUGUUCAGAGUGUAGUCGCCCACGGGUGCUGCCCGCCUGCUGGAUGUGCGGCCGGCGGUGCGUUUGCUCAGCGCAGAGUGCGGUGGAGUACGGGACGUGCGUCUGCUGCAUCAAGGGGCUUUUCUACCACUGCUCCAGCGACGACGAGGACACGUGCACAGACAAGCCCUUCUCGUGCACGCAGUCGCACUGUUGCGUCCGCUGGACCACGGUGUCGCUCCUGUCCUUGCUCUUCCCCUGUCUCCUGUGCUACCUCCCAGCUAAAGGAUGUGUGGCGGUGUGCCAGAGCUGCUAUGACCGAAUCGCACGACCCGGCUGUCGGUGCAAGAACUCAAACCCAAUCCACUGUGAGGAUGUUGGCAAGUCAACGUAGACGAUACGGUCGUGCAUGUCGAAAUGCAAACUGAUGGAGACACUCCUCACUGAAUGAACUGAUACAUGUGUAGUUUGGUAGCUGAAAGGUUUGAUUAGAGAGAUCUAAUAAUGCUGUUGUGCUUGAGUUUUUGUAUUUUCCAUCUAAAUCUUUAUGCCUACAAGAUCUGUCAAAAAGGAGGCUUGAAUUGUCAACUCUUUCAGGCUGGUUGACAAAAAAAAAUUUACCAGUAAAGGCACUGGAGGUGCAUUCACUCACCUUAGCAUUAUGAGUUUCACUUGAAAGGUAAACCAAAAUAAGCACUCCACAUUUUAAGGUAUGAAGACACAUUCAACUACUGUUUUCUCCUGAAAAAAAUAUUCCUUCACUCAAGUGCCCUAAUAUUAUAAGAGUCCAAAAGGAUAGCCUUGCUUUUUUAACAUGUAAUACAACUUAUAUGCUAAGAACAGUCCUGUUACUAACUGUACGUAAAGUAGUAAAUGCAAAGGGUACAUUAGAAAAUGAGUUCGACAGAUGUUUUAUUUUUGUACAUAUAAUAAUACUUCAACUGUGAAAAGUUUUCUGCCAUGCCGGAGGCACCUUGUUAAAUCCACAUUUAUAUGAAUCAGUAAACUUAAUUCAUACAAUGUUUUUACAUUCACUGGAAUGUAUAGCAAUCAUUUUUAUGUAAUUUACAAAGGAAAGAUCUUAUCCCUUUUACUUGUAAAUUGUACAGUGACCUUAUAUGAAAAGUUUAUUUUCUAAUUCCAACAUUGCUUAGUGUAAAGUUAAAAAUAUAUAUUUAUUUGAAGGUCUAUUAUUUUAUAAUGAAAAAUAUUUAUUUUGAGAAAGCAUUGUUAAUGUGUCACCUCUUUUGAGGCUCUUCUGUAGUCACUGCAGAUGUGAGAUGACCUGUAGGAGUGUCGAAGCUGGAUGAAUAGUUCACUAUGGAGUAGAAGACAAAUAUAUUAACGUUUGAAAUUAAACAACCUUGAAGUCUGA